UAUAAUUACAUUGCGAGGGGCCUCAGUCAUAGUGGAGUGCGCGACACUCGGUGCGCGUGUGUCUGUCGUUCUAGCGGUCUCGACGUGUUGGUGGUGUUAAUGAAUUAAAUUAAUAUAAAGUGCUAUUCUAAUUCAACGAAUUAACGGUAAACACAUUUUAAAGUAGGGUUGAACUUCAAAGGUGUGAACUAAUUAAUAAUAAUAUGUGUCGCUGUGAGAAAUUUCUACAAGUGCAAUUUAUAUUGGUUAUAAUACUCAAUUUGGUGCUAUGUGACUUCAAACUUCUCCUAUUGCAUACGAACGAUAUGCACUCGAGGUUUGAAGAGACAAAUGCCCACUCGGGCCAGUGCCUCAAGGGGAAGUGUUACGGUGGUUUUGCGCGACUUAAGACGGCUGUGGAUAAGAUGAGAACCGAGGCCCGUGACCGAGGCAUGAGCAGUAUCUUUCUUAACGCAGGUGACACCUACCAGGGUUCUAUUUAUUACACCAUGUUCAAAUGGAAAGUCGUAUCAGAGCUUCUCAACAUGAUGAACCUUGAUGUCAUGUCCCUGGGUAACCAUGAGUUUGAUGGCGGACCCGAAGGUCUUUCCCCUUUCAUCGCUAACUCUUCUGUUCCCAUCGUCUGCUCUAAUAUAGAUCACUCAGCACGGCCAGAGUUCCAGAACUUGACCCAAUUAGUGCCCUCGAAGGUUCUGGAUGUCGAUGGUGUCAAGGUUGGAGUCAUCGGUUACCUCACGCCGGAGACUAAGUUCAUUUCCUUACUAGGCGAUGAUAUCAAACUGAAGGACGAGAUAACCGAGAUAAAGAAGGAAGUUGAACGUCUCAAACGAGAGGGAGUGGAGAUACUGAUAGCGCUAGGUCACUCAGGUUUCUCCACUGAUAAGCUGAUAGCAGAACAUGUCCCGGAUCUGGACGUGGUGGUGGGGGGACACACCAACACUUUUCUUUUUACAGGACAUGACCCCGACAUAGAGAAAUCCGAGGGAUCCUAUCCCACCGUAGUGACACAACCUUCAGGACGCAAGGUCUUGGUUGUACAAGCGUACGCGUUCACCAAGUACUUGGGUCGACUAGAACUGACCUUCGAUGAUGAGGGUGAGGUAAUCCACAGCACUGGAAACCCCAUUCUGCUAGACGACUCCUUCAGGAAAGAUGGUGCCGUCGAAAGAGCUGUUUUAAAAUAUGGAAACGAACUAAAACAUUUGACUGGAAGGAAAAUUGGGUUUUCUAAAGCAUAUUUAGAUGGCAACCAAAACUGCAGACUCGGAGAGUGUAACAUUGGCAACUUGGUUACCGACGCUUUAGUCGAUGACAACGCUAAGGAUUUCUACGGCAGUGGUUGGACGGACGCUCCUGUUGCAAUGGUUCAGGGAGGUGGUCUUAGGUCUUCUAUUGACACCAAAGAAACAGGAGGUGUAAUAGCGUACUCCGAUCUUCUAGAAGUAUUACCGUUCCAAAACUCAGUGGAGCGUUUAACACUGACGGGGAGUGUUCUGAUGCGUGUCCUGGAGCACAGUGUGUCCAGAUACAGCAAGGAGGAGCGUGUGGGGGGCUUCAUGCAAUACUCCGGUAUUCAGGUAGAAUAUGACCUAUCUAAGCCACCACAGAAAAGGGUUGUUUCUGCCCUUGUCCGUUGUGGUGACUGCAAAGUUCCAAACUACCUUCCCCUAGAUGUCAACAAGGUGUACAGUGUUCUUACGUCCACCUUCCUGGCAGAAGGCGGAGAUGGUUACUCCAUGUUCGAGUACGCUAAAGAAAGAAAAACAUUAUCCUUCUCCGAUGUUGAUGCGGUGGAGAAUUACCUGAAGCGCGUAUCUCCCGUGUAUCCUGAGGUGAGUGGAAGGAUACGGUUUGUGGACCACAAACAGAUUUCACGGAGCAGCGCUUCCAGCAGUUACAGCACGAACUACUUAUUACUCCUCGCUGUGUUUAUUGUCACCUGUCUUCCGAAAGCGUGAUCUUUUGUUGUAGUCAAUAAAAAUACUCAUUGAGAAAAGUGGGGAAUGCAACAGUCUCUACUAGUUACCAUACACGGUAACUCUCUUACCACAGUGAUUUCUAUUUCAAGAAUGUGGGUUAAAGGUACAAACUUACUAUUUGAAUUAUAUUAAUUUUAUAUCA